AUGGAGACAGCCAAGGGAUAUUCCAAGUUUGGUGGCAUACCUGAGUGGGCCGGAAUCGCCUUCACUGCUCCAACAACGAUGCUCACAAAGCUACGUGCUUAUCGAAACACUCCCCCGGCGACACAUUGGCCACCAGAGGGUAACUCGAAAAAGCGUGGCUAUAAAGUAAAGAAUGAACAAGGGCCACCUCCAGAAGGAAUGGAAAGGGACCCUGUUUUCCCUUUGCUAAUGUUCAGUCACGGCCUGGGAGGCUCCAAGACCGCAUAUAGCAGCUUGUGCACAGAGUUCGCCAGCUACGGUUUCGUAGUCUGUGCCGUGGAACACAGAGACGGGAGCGGAGCAAGGACGUUUGUCAAUCACAGAAAGCGUGCGAACAAAGACAGCCAUGGAGGUGCGAAGGUAGGGAAAGACGAUUGCGAAAACGAUCCAGCAUGCGAGAAAGAGAAGGAGAAAUGGCGAGCUUUGGACCACACCGACGAGGAGCUGAGGCAGGGAUAUCACCACGUCGACUACAUCUUUCCGAAAAACAAUCCCAAGGACACUGCCCCAAACAACGAACAUGGUGUCGACCAAGAACUCCGAAAUGCCCAAAUCGAGCUGCGUCUUUGCGAGCUAGAAGAAGCAUACCGCGUGUUGAAGAUGAUCUGUGUUGGUAAGGGCGAUGAGGUUGCACGACAAAACCUCCGCUGUGAGGGUUACGUUGGUGGUAGCUCGAGAGGGCUGAAGGGUGUCGAUUGGACACAUUGGAAAGGACGCUUCCAUGUCGAGUCAUUUGUGGUUUCGGGACAUUCAUUCGGCGCGGCAACGGUAGUGGAAGUGCUUAGACAUACGGAACGUUUCAAAAACGUACAGGCUGGCAUCAUCUACGACAUCUGGGGAGCUCCAAUUAGGCCACCUGCAGAAGACCCCAAACACCGCAUUCACUUGCCCAUACUUGGUAUUAACUCUGAAGCAUUUAUGUACUGGCAGUCCAAUUUUGACGCCGUGCAUUCGCUCAUGGAAGAAGCGAGCGAACAUGGCUCACCCGCUUACUUACUGACUGUGCGAGGAUCUGUACACAUCUCUCAGUCCGAUUUCUCGAUCUUAUACAGGCAUAUUGCUUCCUUCUUUCUGAAGGCCACUGUCCACCCAAAUCGCGCCAUUGAUCUAAACAUAUCGAAGCGAGUGUUUGCAGGCCUGCAGCGGAAGUUCAAAAGAAAUUUCCAGGGUGGCAUGGGCACGGGUUACACGACGUCAGAUGAAGUGUGGUGCCACUUUAAGCCCACCAAGGAGCAGCUCGAGAAAUGGGUCAAUAAGGAGGGCCGCGGGGACAAACGGAUCGAUGAACAGUCAGCUGUAAAAGGCGAUGUUGAUAUAUUGAACGAUUCUGAUGGAGAUAGGAGCAGAACCACUGCGCUGAGUGAUGCUGAUGAAGAUGAACGAGUCGACGAAAUCGAGGCCAAGACGGCUCCACAAAGCAGUAAGCAUACUGUAAGCAGAAACCACGAGGAUAGUACAAAAACUUCACAGGGCGAGAACAGCGACGAUGCGGCAGAUUCCGCACGUGCUUACAUACCGGCUGAGGACAGGUCUUAUAAUGCGCCUCCAGACACAUGGCUUGGCAUGGUUCCUUCACUCAGAGACGGACCCCGCAGCUCGUAG